AUGCCAACAUCAUCCAUAUCAUCCUAUUCAUUGGGGCUCGUCUUUAUUCUACUCGUCUCUCUGAUAUGGGCGGCUGCUUCCAUAUUAGUCCAAUACUUAUAUGCUAAUGAAGACUUUGACAGUCCAUUUCUGCUGACCUACAUUGGAGUCUCUUUGUUCACCUUGCUCUUGCCGCUGCAAUGGACGAAAGAACGAUGCAGAGGGCCACAGCAACCAUUGGAAGAAUAUCAGAGUGUUCCUUCCAAUGACGACGACGGCGACGAGGAACACAAUAUGGACGAGGUAGACGACGACGAACAUGACGACGAACAUGACCUACCACCAUCAUCUCAAGGCAAAGUCUGGACGACGAGGGACCACAUGGUGGCGGCUGCCAAGAUUGCUCCGGUUUGGUUCAUUUCCAACUAUGCUUACAAUUCCAGUCUCCGAUAUACAUCCAUUACAUCAUCCACGGUAUUGGCCAGCACGGGCAGUCUCUUUACCUUUCUCUUUGCCCUGUUAUUCAAAGAUGAACACUUUAGUUGCUUCAAACUGAUGGGUGUCGGUCUUGGGAUGAUGGGGUCCAUUAUGACUGGGCUCCAUGAUAUUCACAGCAAUAAUGGUGACGACGCCACUAAUAGUCCAGACACUAACAGCGACGAUCUAAAGCUCUUUGGGGACGGCUUGGGAUUGCUCUCGGCAGUUGGGUAUGGCGGGUACGCAGUCAUGAUCAGGAUUCUCUGCCCCAAAGAUGAAUCAUUAAUGAGCAUGGAACUCUUUUUGGGCUUUGUGGGACUCUUCAAUAUGGUGGUACUGAGUCCGAUUGCCAUUUGGCAAUCUGCCACCACAGCAGUCAUAUCCGCGUUUGUGCUGGUAUCACUCCUGUUGAAGGGUCUAUUUGACAAUGUACUGAGCGACUAUCUGUGGGCCAGAGCGGUGGUACUGACAUCGGCAACCGUGGCCACAGUUGGAUUAGGAUUGACCAUACCGCUUGCCUUUUUGAGUGACGUUGCCAUGGGAAAGCCAAAUGUAUUGGACGUGAGCUCCAUUUUCGGGGCCUUUGCCGUGCUUGCGGGAUUCAUCUUGGUCAACAUUGGACAAAAGGAAGUGGACGGCGAGGACUCCACUGAUGAUCACCAACAAGAUGAUAUUCAUCAACCGCAAUCUAUGAUGCAGAUGAAUAUAGCGCUUUCAGAAGAAGAAGAAAGUCACGAAGGAGUUGAGAUCAGAUAG